UCAUCUUUCAAGCCUGGCUAGAAGUGUGGUUCAAGGAGUCUGUGAACAGCAAGCUGAAAAACACUCAUCCGAUGUAUGUAGCCAUUCUUGUUCUUCACCCUGAAUUUGUGCUCUUUGAUCCAGACUUUGGUUUAACAUGUCUUCUUGAGCUCUCCUUGGGAAAAUUCAGAAAUGUGCUACUUAACCAGACCAAUCCAGUGGAAGCUGUAAUCAGGAACAUUGCAAGCAAUGUGACUGUCAUUAUUUUUCAAGUACAUGCCCAGCAAAGCGAUGUGGUGAUAUCCUUUGAUAAGAAUCCAUCUGUGAACAGCUCAGGAACUGGAGUAGACAAAGGACUGGUUUCCAUCCUUCGGCCUCAACAGAGUGUAUGCACAUGGUACCUUCGGUCACUUGAUGCUAGGCAGGUGCUCAGCACAGCUCUCUCUAUUCCCUAUAUGGAGAAAGAUCCUAUUCCUGGAGGCUGCAAUCUAGAAUUUGACUUGGAAGUGGAUCCGAAUAUUUACCUAGACUAUACAUUGGUUGAUAUACACAUCAAGUUUGCCCCUGCAAACUUGGGAUAUACCAG